AUGGAAGGCAUCGGGGUGUGAGCUCCAGUAGGCUUGAUGGUGUCGGGGAUUGGGUUCUAGGAAAGAGUGAGUUCGAGUCAUGGCGCGACAGUCGGGACGGCACGGCGAAUCCUACUUUGCUGUGCCACGGGAGCCAAGGGGUUGGAAAGACAUACAUAAGGUAAAAGUUGCAUUCUCCCGCGGCCAUAGACGAUGCUAACAGGUAAUAAAACUAGCUCAUUAGUAAUAGACACCUUGUGCAAGCGAGUCCGUGGACAGAAUGCGGCAGUUUUAUCGCUCUAUUGUGAUUACCAGGAGCAGAAGGACCAGACGGCAGUAAAUCUGAUAGGUGGUCUACUCAGACAGAUUGCUGUACGAGCAACGAAGAUUCCAGGCGAAAUUCGAAGUGCUUUCAAGGAGUCGGAGAAGGAUUGUGGCAAUAGUCUCCGAUUGCCGGACAUGCUAGCAUUAUUUGUUAAAACAA